UAAACCUAUAAAGAGAGCCCCGGCGGGCUCCCCGGGCAGCGUCUCUGCAGGGAGCAGCUUCCCCGCGCCCCGGCGCAGCUGCCGGCCCCCGUCAGCCCGGCCCGGGGCGUGCUGCACACCCGAGUCAUCGCCAGGAAUAACCUCCGACAACAACAGCCUCGCUGACCUGAAUCAUCCCGCGCUGCUUUGGGAACAUGACCCAGCCCCUGACUUCACUCGGAUGCUCUAUAUAAGUCCAGGAAAACAACAGGCGCUCGCAGAGCUCACGGGCCGGAUUUAAUCAAGGUCGGGAACGACCUGGGAGGGAUUUCAGCGAGGGAGCACCGCAGUUAUGUCACAGCCAGCCCCCGUGAAAAAGAAGCGUCCUCCAGUGAAGGAAGAAGACCUUAAAGGAGCCAGAGGAAACCUUACCAAAAACCAGGAAAUUAAAUCCAAAACCUACCAAGUGAUGAGGCAGUGUGAACAAAUGGGCUCUGCAGCACCUUCUAUAUUCAGCCGGGCUCGGACAGGGGGUGAAACAGUCUUUGAGAAGCCGAAGGACGAGCCAGCCAAGAGCGUCUUUGGCUGACAGUGGAGCUGGACAUUUCUCACCCAAAUGAAUGCUGUAACAUUUUUCAAAAUUUCUGUUCCUUACACUACAGUCACUGUAGACUCAAGUAGUUAAUUUCCACUGUAAGUCCUUAAGUAGGGAAUAUACUCAUGUCAAAGAGUAAAACUUUCAUGCCCAUUGUUAUUACAUGCUUUCUUUCUAUGUAUUGGACAAUGUUUGCUAUAAUUGUUUAAUAAAAAAUGGUUGUUGGACUCA